AUUGAGAGGGAAGACGCGAAACAGAAAGAGAGGUCUGGUUAACAGCGGGGAAAAGAGAGGGCAAACAAACCGAGUCAGAAAACCAAGCGCUGAGAGUCAUUUUUAUCUAGAAAGUGACAGAUCGAGGAAGAGGACAGCCUAUUUGCAAAAGUGCAGGAAAGAAGGGUUAAAAAACUGAAGACUACCAACACACAAAAGAAGAGAGGAAAAAGGCCAGCUGGUAGAUGUCAGCUUCCAACCCACAAGGGAUAUUUCACAAGGGAAACAAACCAAAGAAGUAAAACUAGGCUGAAGAGUCAAGAAGAGGAGCGUGAAUAAGAAAAGCUUCGUUAUUAAUCUGAGAAUCCCAGCUUUCAGGAUGUCAGUGUCCCGCAAGUGCCUGUGCUGUGUCAAAUACCUGAUGUUCAUCUUUAACCUCAUCUUCUGGCUUGGAGGUUGUGGCCUGUUUGGUGUUGGGGUCUGGCUGUCCUUCACGCAAGCAGAGUUUUCCUCCCUGCCGCUGUCGUUCCCCUCCCUGUCGGCUGCUAAUCUGCUGCUUGUCGCCGGUGGCAUCACCAUGGUGACUGGUUUCCUGGGUUGUCUUGGCGCAAUGAAGGAGCAGCGCUGCCUGUUGAUCACGUUCUUUGUGAUCCUCCUGCUCCUGGUCCUGACUGAGGUGACUCUCGUGUUGGUCAUACACAUCUUUCACAAGGAGCUGGACUCCAAAGCACAAGGCCAGUUAAAGGAAGGGAUGAUGAUUUACACAACAGAUGAUGGACUGAGGAAAUCCUGGGACAAUGUCCAGAAAAUGUUCAAGUGCUGUGGAGUAAGUAACAAAACAGACUGGUAUGAUGUGCUGAAUGGAACGCUGCCCUCAUCCUGCUGCUCCGUCGGGACAAACCAGUGUGAUGAAGGAUGGAGUGAGCCAUGUUACCAGAAGGCAAGGCAGUGGCUCCUAGACAACAUCCCCUCAGUCCUGGUGUUUGGAGUGUGCAUUGGCAUUGUGCAGAUCCUGGCCCUCGCUUUCUCCCUGCUGAUGUACUGUCAAAUUGUGGGUGCUGAAAAGUACUUGGACUGAUUCUAUUCACAGGCUUUUGGACAGGAAUACUUAUAAUGGACUCCUAUGGGAUCUGAAAAUACCACCACCGUGAUUGAAAUUUUCAAAAACUUUCGAUCCAGGCUUAUAUGAUCCUACGUUGUGCCUCAAAUGUCAUAACACAUCAGAUUGAAAGACUACCCCCAACAGAGUUUCUGCCCACAAAGAUGAGUUUUUUUCCUUGUUGCAUGAAGUAUGAAGAUGCUUUACUAAUAACUGAAUAAUUUGAAUGCAUCUAACAGGAGGAAAGAGGAAAAUAGCUUCGAUUGCACUAAAACUCUGGUUCAACAAUGUGCAGUCUGUCAGUUUUGGGUGGGUUAGGGGCAAGCAAGGGCUUGACUUAGAGUUCAGAUGUCACAGGGUUCAACCUGAACUGCAUGAACAUGUAGCAUCUUUUUUAAAAUCAUAUAUUAGAGCGACAUUUAGAUCAUUUUUUGUUAACAGGAUAAUCAGAAAAUCAGGAGUUUCAAAUGGAAAUUCAUUCAAAUACAGUAAUAAAUUGUUAGGUCUCCAGAGGAUGCUGGGUUUUAAGUUUUCACUCGGGUAAAUAACUUGAUGUUACAAAUUUGAUUAGUGAAAAUUGACUAGAUUGCACAUUUAAAUUAGAGAACCAUCUCCUAUGUUUAUGUUAAUCAGAACUAUCAUUUCACUUUUGUUGUAGCUGAGCAGGCCUUGCAUGACAUUAGCUUUUCUGUCCUAUAGUAGGCAAAAAGACCACACAAAAUUCUGUACAAAUACUUUAAUAAAAACAAUGUUUAAAAGAUCUUAAAAGCUUGCACAUCAGUCUCAGACAAUAAAUACAGAAACACAGUUGUACUUUGUUCUUACAUCAUAGCAUUAAAUGCCCGUAGUGAAUAUCUCCUCUGCUGUAUCCUCUUCGUAGAACUACACAGUGAGCUUCUGUGCAUCUUCACACAGAGGCAAGUUCAUGUAAAUAUGUAAAACAUUGCAGAUAAGUACACAUCUCACCAUAUUUCUGUUGUUUUUGAACCAUGAAUGUGUGUCAACCAGUGUAUAAGCACAAACUUCACAUAUGUACAGUGCACUACACCAGUAAGUAAAGAUGUUAUUGCAACCCCCUUGUAGCCCCUGGAAGAACUUUUUAUUGCCAUGGUUGA